CUGCCCCACCAGUGAAUGGGGCCUUUGUGGGGGCUGCUCGGCAUUCCAAGGGAAUUCUUGCAGCAACAACGAGGGUGUGAUCAACACAGCACAAAGUGGGAGGGAAGGACCCAGGACUUUUUCAUCAGAUUCCCAGACAACACCCAGCAUUACCUGCACUGGGCACAGCGUAAAGCUUCUCUCCUCACUGUUGAAACUUGUCAAGACAACACCGCCUGCAGCAUCAUGUUGCAGACAAUCAAAGACUGGCUGUGGUGGGAACGUCUGUGGCUUCCAGAGAAGGUCUCCUGGGCAGAUCUCAAAGACAAAGAAGAUCGUACUUAUGCCAAAGCCUCUCAACUUUAUGCAUCUGUGCCCUGUGCCCUCUGCCUACUAGUUGUCAGAUACCUAUUUGAAAGAUACUUGGCCACACCGCUGGCUAAAGCUCUAGGGAUCAGAGACAAGGUACGUCUCACAGCUGAGCAAAACUCAACCCUAGAGAAAUACUUCUACAGCCAAACCCGGAAUCCGUCACAGUGUGUUUUAACACCUGAACUGUUUGCUUUGUGUCUCAGGCGGACUAUUCGGUCUCUGUGUAAGAAGACCGGCUGGCCAGAAAGGAGAGUAGAAGUAUGGUUCAGGAGGAGGAGGAAUCAGGAUCGACCUGGGCUUCAGAAGAGGUUCUGUGAAGCCAGUUGGAGAUGCGGCUUUUAUCUUUGUGCAUUCCUUGGAGGACUUUUAGCCCUUUAUGAUAAACCUUGGUUUUAUGAUCUAAAAGAGGUUUGGGCAGAAUUUCCUAAACAGUCCAUGCUCCCAUCACAGUACUGGUAUUAUACCUUGGAAAUGGGCUUCUACCUUUCUCUGCUCCUCAGCCUAACGUUUGAUGUGAAAAGGAAAGACUUUAAAGAGCAGGUGAUUCACCAUGUAGCCACACUGACACUUCUGAGUUUCUCCUGGAUUUCUAACUACAUUCGUAUUGGAACUCUUGUGAUGGCUGUUCAUGACUCUUCUGACAUACUGCUUGAGGGAGGAAAGUUGUUUAACUACGCACAAUGGGAGCAGACUGCUAAUGUUAUGUUUGUGAUAUUUACAACUGUCUUCAUGGUGACAAGACUUGUUAUUUUUCCUUUUUGGCUCAUCCACUGUACAUGGGUGUACCCACUGGAGAGGUUUGACCCCUUCUUUGGCUACUAUUUCUUCAACAUCAUGUUACUGGUUCUUCAAAUUCUACAUGUCUACUGGGCUUUUCUAAUAACAAGAAUGGCUUACAAGUUUGUCUUCAGCAAGCAACUGGAUGGCGAUGUUCGGAGCGAUGAAGAGGAGGACGACAGUGAUUCGCAAAAGAAUAUAAAACACAAAAUGAAUCAUAUUAAUGGUGCCAUGAAUGGCGCCAGAGAUCGAGCUAACGGUCACUAACUUAUACAGAGAAAAGAGGAGCAUCUACCAUGACAGAUGGACACUUUCUACUUGGAGUGCUUCAGUUAAAACCUUGAGAAUUCAAGGAAGGGAUAUUGUAUUUGAAAUAACUGUGAAGGAACCUAAAUAGUGUGAUUUUAAUUUAGCCCUAAUUAAAAUUUAGGAUUAGCUCUUUCAUGAGUUGACUUGUAUUUUAUGUGAGGGUACAAAUUGGAGUGAUCAUAAAAAAUACAAGGCUGAUUUUGAGUCUUGAAGUCAUAUGUACCUGUUUAUGCUGCAGCAGUUGAUCAAACUUUAUGUAUUUAUUACAUUUUAUGACCGUGUUCGUGUUUUUAGAACGCUGCAAAUCAGUAUUUAUUUUUGUCUUGUUAAUUGUUUGGAAGGCAGGCUAUGAAAGAUUGAUGUCCUGUGUAAUACCAGUACGCCCCCUAGCGACAGCUGGUGAGACGCGGUUAAAGCUCGUAUCUAGGGAAACCGUCUCUAUAGAAACCGCGUGUAGCUUAACACUAUGGUUAUCGAAAUCUGUUAGCAUACUGGCUGGUUGGUGUGUGUUUGUGUGUGUUUGUUAACGUUUCAUAGCUAUUGUCAAAAUGACUUAUCAGCGAAUGUAUCAGCCUAAGGUGAAAACCGGAAACUGGUUUGAAGACCUGCUAAUAAAGGAGGUUUGUGGAAAAGAAAAUGAGGACAUAUUAUCUGAGCUAGCCGUCACGUCGACAUAUUUUUAGCUAAAUCAGUAAGGGUGUAGAAACGUGAAAAUAAGAGUUUAGAAUUUACGGUAAACUAAAAGGGUUUCAAUUUAUUUCAUAUUUUUAUAUUUAGCAUUUCCAUUAAAGUUAACCUCAUAGCUACAUUUUUUUCAAAGCUGCAUUUUAGAUGUACACAUUUAUGCAUCUGAUCGUCUAUGGUAAGCAAAAAAUAAGUGAAACGGUAGUUUAAAAAUGAAUUAAUUUGUGCAUGAUCAAAGUUUCUUCCAAAUACUGCUUUUUCUUCUUCUUUUUCUUUUUUUAACUCAGUUUGAUUUACCAGGUUGUGAAAAAUGUUUUACUGAUACAUAUAUGAAGUGUACAUUUGUGUUCACCCUACUUUAAUUUUACACGCUCAAAAUAAAAUCCAGUGCAUCAAA